AUGGCUAGACUGGGAAAAACUGCACAAGAGUUCAUUCAAGAUUCGUUUUCACCUAUCAUCGCUGUUCUGUGUAGCCCAAAAGUUGAAAAUGUCGUAUCUAAGAAUAAUUUAUCUUUUACUGAGUUGUUGCAACCGUUCGCUACUAUGGAUUGGGAAGGGCAAUUCAAAGAUUCAAGUGGUAAUACAUGUUCUAUAAAGAAUUGGAAAUUAAUUAUAAGAGAUGUGAACUGGAAGCCACUACAGCCUACAGAGGCAAGAAGACAGUUAAAUAAUGCCGUGCUACAUAACUAUCAUGACAAAAUUGUAUCCCUUGAAAUAGAUGGGCGAAAAUUUGAUAUUCCCCAAUCAACACACUGGUUUGAUGCCUGGAGAGAAACAUAUUUGGAAGUACAAUUUCCUUCAGACCAUGAAUUCACAAAACACUUCAUAUCUUGUAUUAUAGUUGGAACAACAUUAGAUGAUAAUAUAAUAGAUACUUUUAAUAGCUUAAACCAGCAAUAUGCUAUGUUACAAAAUGUGGCUCCUCCAAAAUUACCCAAGUGGUUCAACAAUAGUGUGUUAAAGUCUUAUCUUCUUCUUCAUGAUGUAUCUGCAGUGCCUAAAGAAAAAGGAGAUGCUGCAUUUGAAACUCUGAAGCAAACAUUUGGAGCAACCAACUGCUUUAUGUUACCAAUUAAUUCUAAAAGUACAUUAGAUCAGAAUGUGCCAACUGAUUUGUGGGCUCAAUUUGUAAAAAGGUCUUCUCAAGGAAAUAAUGAGAUGUCAACAUCACUAACAAACCUACCCACUACACCGGCUGAACCUCAACCAACAUUCCCCAUAACUGUAACAAACAUUCAAGAUGAGAACAGUGCAGCAAUGUCAGCAAUGAAUGCAGACACUUCUCAUCCUCUAACAACUACAGAAACUGAUGUUUAUGAUAAUGCAAAUAGCUUGCAGACCCAUUCCUUCUCUGGUAGUUCGGAAAGUAUGAAUGUAGCUGGCAAAGGUCUGGAUUACUCAACAGAAGUUCAUGGUACAGCUUUGAAUUCAAAUGAUAUUGAGGGUAUCAAAAAAUUUCUGCAAGAAUAUGCUUCAAAAGCAUUGUUGCCUUAUAUGGAAAAGCAAAUAUCGCAGCUAUCUGAAGUUGUUGCAAACAGGAAAGGUGUGAGUAGAUCAUUGCUAUCAGCCACAAAGCGGUGGUUUGGCACUGGAAAGGCAGGAAGUACUACAGGCAACAGUGCUGUUAUAUAUACAAGUGACUGCCCAGAAUUACAACUACGGCGAUUAGGUGACCUGUGGUUCUUAUGUCGGCAAUGGCAACGAGCUUUUGACGCCUAUCACACGGCAAAAAGAGAGUUCUAUGCAGACAGUGCGUGGCUUUGUUACGCCGGCGCCCUCGAGAUGGCGGCCAUCAGCGCGUUCAUGGCUGGAGAUUCAAACCGCAAAACACAUGGCUAUAUGGAAGAGAGUAUAGUUACUUAUCUUAACACCUGUAGGAUGGUCCAGUAUGCAGUAAGGGCGACUUUGCUAUCCGUGCUAUGCCUAAGUGGGUCAGGAUUACACGGAGAGGCUGCUAAACAAUUGAUACGUAUGACGUCAGAGGACAGUGAUUUGCGCAGUGCCAUGCUUCUUGAACAAGCAGCACUGUGUUUCUUAUCCGGCCCGGCUUCUAAAGGCAUGUGUAGAAAGUACGCUUUCCAUAUGGUGUUGGCAGGCCACAGAUUUUCAAAAGCUGGACAAAAGAAGCAUGCAUACCGAUGUUACAAACAAGCUUACCAGGUGUACGAGAGCAGCGGCUGGCGGCUGGCGACGGACCACGUGCAGUUCGCGCUGGGCCGCCUGGCGGCCGCGCUGCGUCUGCCGCGCGACGCGCUGCGCUGGCUGGCCGCGCCGCUCGCGCCCGCCGGCCACCAGCCGCCGCGCCAGCAGGACGCCUUCCUGCGCGAGUACAUGCUCGCGCACCAGCAAUGGGUGGAGAGCAGCCCAGAGCCCCGACAGGUACUGGAGACGCUGCCACUGCCGCUGGCGCUGGUGCGCGAGACGCGCGUGGUAUGCGUGGGCCCGGCGCCGCUGGGCGCCCCGGGCCGGCGCCCAGCCACGUCGCUGAGUUUGGCGCCCACAGUGGAGGAUGAAGGCCCCACCGCCCCUGCCACCUGGCGUACCCUCGAGGAAAUGCUCCUACAAGUAGCGCAAAGCUCAGUGCCUAUGAUAUUCAAACCCACCGUGGACCUUUACACUGAUUCCACCGACUGCGAACCGCUUGUGCCUCAAGGAGAACCGAUCCAGAUCUCAGUUACUUUGUGGAAUCCAUUAAAGAUUUCCUUAGUUUUAAAAGAUGUAGAAUUAUUGUGGCGAUUUGUAGUGACGAGUGAUGACUCUACAACUGACCCUGAAGAAGAACUGAGCAACGAACAAGCUGUGUCGGCCGGGCAAGCUUUAGAGAGUAAUGUCAUAGUAAGCCAGAAAAUAAAAUCUGUGCUUCUGGAAGGAGAUUGUAAAAAAGUAUUAAUUUUUACUGUCACCCCACUUAGAGUGGGCCGUAUUAGUAUUCACGGGUUGGCUUACAAACUUAUCAAUACUGGGGAAGGCAGUACUGAAAAUGGCAACAACGUUGUAAUAUCAGGGAAAGUUAAUCUAGUGUCUGAUGGAAAGAGUCUUGAUAAACGGUUACAAAUUACUGUCAUACCAGAAGCUCCUUGUUUACAGAUGACGUUUUCAGAAAUUAGUUCUGAUAUAAUAAGUGGUGAAAUGAGAACUGUUGAUGUAGAGUUCACAAACGUGGGUCCCGUCGAUAUGAACGAUCUCUUCAUUGCUGUAUCCCAUCCUGAUUGCGUCAAUCUCAUCACUGGCGAUGAGGAGGAUGAUUUUAAAGUUUUGUAUGAUGAAAAGUACCGUGAACUACCGACAUAUUCAGACGAGCGUGCAGCGCGCGCGGGCAGUUGGCGCGCGGCGGCGGCGCGGCACGUGCGCGCGGUGCGCGGCGGGCUGGCGCGCGGGCUGGCGCGCGGGCUGGCGGCGCGCGCGCGCCUGCAGCUGCGGCCGCGCGCGCCCUGCGCCGCGCUGCACCUGCUGGCCUACUACAGCACGGGUCUGCGCGCGCGACCCUACCGACUGCUCAGACAUGUCUUCCGCUUCAAAGUGCUCGAAGCUGUGGAGUUAGCGGUCACCCCGCGACGUAGUCUGCGAAAUGUCGAUGGAGAGGUUGUCGAAAAUAUGAGCCUCGCCGUUGAAGUCAAAAAUAUUUUUAACGAAAAGGGCGAGGAUUUAACCGUAGAAGUGCUAGAAGCGUCACUAUUGAGCCGACAGUGGCGUUUAACUGGGCUCGUUGCGGCCCGGGGCGCAGCCGAUCCGCUAACUUCGCGCGAGAAACUGCACUUCGUACUCCGAGCACGGCGAAUACUGUUAGAACUCCCGGAAGAGAAAGUCGAAUAUACCUGCGUCAAAAUCAAUGAGAACCACCCAGAUGCUGUGGCUAAUAUUAAUGAACCUCCAUACUCUAAGUUUGUGGUUGAUGGCCAACACUCGUACAUUGAUGCACCUGAUGCAGCUUUAGCCCAAGAAAUGUCUGGGAAGAGAACGGGAUUGAUACAAUCUAUGUUUGUUCUUAGGUGGAAAGUACAUGAAAAAAUCAAUGGCAAGACUGCAGUCGGUCAACAUUGCUUGUGGUUGGAUUGUUUCACUAAAGCUAUAUCUCGAGAAAAGGAAUAUAUUCCUGGAGAAGUUCCAAUGCCGCUUGACGAAUACGAUAGCAAACUAGAUGUACGCGAUACUAACAAAAAUAAAAAAGACAAUGUUGUGAUAUUUAGAUUGGAACAUUCCAAUUACAUUAACCAUAAUUUUAAUGAGAUGAAGCUAUGCUUGGUUCCAAUUACUUUGAAUCUUGUCAACUGCUACGGAAUUCCUGUUAAAGUAUUUAUUGAUAUGACGAAACAAAAAAAUAGAGAGUUGUCUGGAGAGUUGGGAUGGGCUGGUGCGCUCAGUUACGGAAACGACGUGGAAGCUAAAGAACUGGGUGUAAGCGUCAAUCUAGAUAAGUUUGAGUCUAAAAAAGUACAAGUACGAGGAGUUUGUGCUGCCCCAGGAACAUAUUUAGUUGGUUCUGCCUUCUCCAUCUCCACUACAGGGGAAGACAUAAAUCUCAAUGUUUCAAAUAUCUCUAACAAUACAUCUUUAUUAGUAGUUGAACAAGUCGCUUAA